CUUUAAUAGUUUACCAUAAUGAUAAGGACAAAGUUUAAGAUUUGGAAACUCAAGAGUCCAACUCGAUUGUAUAGUAACAUUUGUAGUACUAGUACUGUAGUGUUACUAACGUUAGUACUAGUUCAGUAGUUGUACGAUAGUAUUACUGCUAAUAAUGGUAUUAUAACGUCUAAUGGUUGCUACUGCUUGUAAGAUAUUACUGUCACAGUGUCAGUUACUAGUGUUCAUGUCAUGAACAUAAAAUUAAAGUUGUAUUGAUAAUAAUAAUUAUAUUAAUUUAUUAUAUUCGGUCAACCACGGUUACGACAUAGGCCUCAGCCUGAAUACAGAAAUGUGGAAAUAUAAUUAAAUGACUGCUAAAAUGAAAAACUAGACUUUCGGCUAUGGUUGAAAUAUCUCGGCCUGUUACCACAAAUACCAACCAUCAAUUUUCUAAAACUUCUAUAUUGGAAAGCAGUAGCCAAUGUAAACCUAAGACAACAAGGAAUCUGCAAGAAUACACAUGUGGAUGGGGAGCAGCUUUCAUCAAUAUCAGUGUUACUUUCCCUAUUCAUAAGGUCAUCUUCCGGCAGAUGAGAGAUGGAGUACACCUAUAUGACGCUAUUCAUCAGUUAAGACAAGAUGGACUACAUCGCCUGUAUCGAGGUUGUUUGCCUCCCCUUAUUCAAAAAACUGUGUCUGUGUCCAUAAUGUUUGGAACUUACAAUGAAUACAGUAACUUUUUGCAGAAACAAUUCCCUUCUAUUUCUCCUUUCCUCUGCUUAAGUAUAUCAUCAGUAUUAGCAGGGACAACAGAAGCAAUACUUAUGCCCUUUGAGCGAAUUCAGACACUCUUGCAAGAUCGAAACUACCAUAAACAGUUCCAUAAUACCUUUCAUGCAUUUAGAGAACUAAGGAAAUUUGGGACCAAAGAAUAUUUUCGAGGAUUGACUGCAAUUCUUAUGAGAAAUGGACCAAGCAAUAUUAUGUUCUUUUCUUUGCGAGGAAAAGUCAAAGAAACAUUGCCAACCAGUAAUUCAUGGUUGGGGCAUCUUAUAAUUGACUUUGUGAGUGGGGCUGUUGUUGGUGCCAUAAUCAGUACUAUUUUUUACCCUGUGAAUGUUGUCAAAACAAAAAUGCAAGUUCAGUACGGAACUCGUUUUCUGAGCUUCUCUGAGGCCCUUCAUUUAACUUAUGUAGAACGGGGUUAUAGGAUAAAGAACAUGUUUUAUGGGGUUCAUAUCAACUAUACAAGAGCCUUAAUCUCCUGGGGGAUUAUUAAUGCUUCUUAUGAACUUCUUAAGAAGAUAUUUUAUCCAUCAUCAGCUGCUAGAUGUACAACUUAAUACUGUAGAAGUUCUCAUGUAUUGAAUGUUAGUGAAAACCAUUUAAAGUGUUAUAAAGUAACUUAGAAACAUUU